AUGUCGAUGAACGCAUCUGUCAAGAAUGUAUUCAAAAAAUGGAAAGAAACCACGAAAGCUUCAAAUCAACGCGCAAGAGAGAGAGCGGAUAGCACAAUAACAAUUGAUACUAGCCAAACAUUUGAAGAAUUUGAGCAUAGAGCAUCAAGCGGUUCUGAAGACGAUAUGUCCUCUUCAGUUACUACAACCUCAUCUCUACGAAGAUAUGGUUCAAGAAUAUCAAUAAGUGGUUCAAGGAGGUCAUCAGUUACGAAUUCCGAGAUUGAUUCUUGGUCGAGCAACGGAGGGGAAGAUUAUGAUGACGGGGAUGAUGAAGAUGAAUAUGAAGAUGGUGAGGAAGGCGAUGAUGAUAAUGAAUCGUUCAAAAGUUUUGAAGGAGUUCAUAUUCGCACCCCCAGAGAAGAUGAGGAUGGUGGUUCAAGAACGCCAUACGAAGCCGACAAUGAUCCAUUGCCUUCGGACACAUGCGAAGCUUGCCAGGAACCAGAAGUUGGAGUCUUAUCCUGGUGUAACAUUUGCUGCAUUGUGCUUUGCGAUAAGUGCUGGAUCGCUCAGGCAGCUCACAAGAGUAACCCUCGAGCCAGAGGGAGGAAAAAUCAUGAGAAAACGGACAUGAGGCUUUGGGAAAUAAUCAACUCGAUCUUAAAUCCAGAAACAGAUUCCAAAAGACAGGAACAACUCCAUAGAGAUAACUUUGAUACCAAAUGGUUCGGAGUGGAGUUCAACGAAAACUCACGAAAGCCCUGUUUUCAUGACUACGGGCGUUAUGUUAAACUUGCAUCAGAAACUGAAAUGGAAGCUGGAACGCAGCAUCCCUCCAUCACCUGUUUCGUCGGGGAAACAGGCCAUGGAAAGAGUACACUAAUAAAUGCAUUGAUGAAGAUACAUCGACAUACGACUUUAGCACCAGACCAAGUGCCCGUCAUGGGAACAUUUAGGGAACUAGAUGAGCCCACCAGUGAUGCGGUACAUUUGUUUGCGGACCCAAUAACCUAUAACACCAAUAGGCCGUAUUUCUAUGCCGAUUGUGAAGGUCUUAGUGGCGGUACUAAGAUCCCCAUGGCCACCAGAGCUUAUCAAGGCGUGAAAAACUUCCGACAAAAAAGGCGGCACGCGAGAAACGAUCCUGGAGAUAAUGGAAUUACAUGGGCGCGCGGACAGGAGAAAUCGCGUCAAUGGAUGGUAGAAAAUCUCUACCCUAGGGUUCUUUUCACGUUCUCGGAUGUUGUGUGUUUUGUUACUAGGAAUUUUCGGACUCUCGAAAAUGUGAUUUCAAAAUUGAUCCGUUGGGCAGAUAAAGUUUUUCAGCAGUCAGUUAAUCAGCCUGUACUGCCGUACGCCGUUAUCGUUGUAAAUGCGCUUGAGGUAUCGGACAUCGCUUCACCUUGGUGGGAUAUCGAUGGUACAACUGGCGACCAAUUGAGGAAGCGUGCUGAAUGCAUCAAAGAUGACCCUUUCAUGGUAAAAUGUGUUGAAAAAUGGAGAAGCCUGGGGAAAACCAUCAACAAUCUAGAGGAGCUACUUAUGUGCUACUAUAGUGGCAUUAAGAUAGUGUGUAUUCCUCAUGCAAAGGAAUCGCCAGCAGUCAUCGAACAACAAUACAAGGUUUUAUAUAAGGUUAUGGAAGAAGGAUCUCAAAAAGCCUACGACUUAAGGAUAAAAGCCGGACUUCUUAUGACAAGUGAAGAACUAGAUGUCUAUCUUAGACACGCUUUUCAUCACUUCUCGAAGAACCCGUCAAAACCGUUCAACUUCCUUGCUGCGGCAUUCCACCAUAACCCCGUUUCUUCAACCUUCAAAGAUCACAUCGCUAAAGCAGCCGUUCAUGUCAUGACUCAAAGCCCUCAAAUGUCGGGAACAGACAUGUUCAAGCUUCUAGCUCCACUUGUUGCUUCCUGUAUUCUUUUGGAUGCUUUCAGAAGCCGUUACCCGCACGGUGGCCAAGCCUCAACGAUUUUCCCGUUAUAUCAAAAGUUCUGCGAGGAUGCUCUUGCAGAAGUAUAUGAAAAGCAUUGGCGAUGUGAAAAACGUGAUAAGAAAGGCCGGCGUUGCGCAAAUGUAGCCACCGGACACUCAAAGGGUCAUCAGUUGGAGGACGGGAAAGUAUUUGGCGUUGGGGAUUUCAGCUCUGCUUACAUUGAGAAUUCCAACAAAGAAAGAGAUAACUUCAUUCGUACGAUAUCUUCUGAACUUGACAGAUUAUUGAAAGAAUUUAGCGCAGGACAGGGCAUUUCCGUUGUGGCCCAAUACCACUGCAAUCGUGUACUAAAGAAAUAUGCCCGCUCAUACAACAUGCUUCAGCUGUUUAUCGGGGACGCCUAUACACGCACUGACUUGCGGGCACAUAAUCUGCGAGCGAUGCGCCGAGAAUUAUUCAACCUUAUCUACUUCCAGUUUCUGGCGCGAAAUUAG